UCGGUGUUUUGGUGUUCUUUCUCCAGUUAAAGGGCGGACUCCACAAGUCCCCAUGGCUACAGCAAAAGGAAUCAUGCCUAAACCAGCCCUCACAGCUAUGAAAUCCUCCAAGGCAUCAGAGGAUACCAGUGGUGAUCUGAAGAGAGACAGAACGGAGAGAAAGAGCGUCGGUUUCCUCAACUCUGUCAGUGUGAUCUCAGGAGACAGCAGUACCACCGCCAGCACCAUGGAGGUGGAGACCCACCCUGAGAGCUGCUACCCCAGCCAAGGGCUCAACGGCCAGGGCAACAACCACCAGCUCCAGCCCCUGGACAUUGAGGUAGCUCACGAGAUAGCCUACCUAGACGAGGUGUUGGAAGCUAACUGCUGUGACCCCGGGGUCGAUACCACGCCAUCGCCCUCUAACGGAACCGCGACUACUGAGAAACACGCCAGGGAGGUCAACAUCGACGGGACUGGACCAUCUGUCAACAUCUCCAACACAGACACAACAUACCAUGAGGUCAUAGUAGAGGGGAGAAAGCAGACUAUCUUCAUUAAACACCAGGAUGUCAACAACAGCAAUAACACCAGGCCCAACGGCCACUCUGGACCAAUGGCAGGAGAGCAGGAGAACUACAGGAAUAAGGGAGGAGAGACAACAUCCCCCACUAUGACCACCAUCAAGAAGGAGGCCCGUUUCGAGCUGCGGGCCUUCCAGGAGGAGAAGAAGCCGUCCAAGCUGUUCGACCCGUGUGAGAAGGAAGUGCGCGUGAAGAAGGUGCGUCCCUCGGAGGAGGUGGCAGAGCUGGAGAGGGAGAGGUUGGAGCUGAUCAGGGGCCAGGCGGUAAAGAAGAACCCAGACAUGGGGACAAAGUGGUGGAACCCUCCUCAGGAGAAGAGUCUGGAGGAGGAGCUGGAGCCAGACAAACUAGAGUCACACAGGAAGUACGAGGAGAGGAAGCAGCAGAGGAGGUCAGAGUUCACUGGUGGGAUGUCCCAGACGUACGCCCAGUACUCCAUGGCCUUUGACCCUAAAGCUGACCCUGAGCCUGGCCGCGACACGGAGGACAUCCUGGUGGAGCAGAUGGACUUCUCUACCGCCAGGAAGCAGUUCCUGCAGAUAGAACAUGCAAGGCAGCAGGCAGCCGAGAGGUCACAGGUCACAGCUCCCAACUCGGCCAAGCCCUUCUCCAGAUCAUCAGACACCGUGAUCCACGUGGAGAGAUCCUCCGAUUACGUCACUGUGGGCUACAGCAAUUACCAGGACUCACCACUAGAGGACGGCGACGCAACCACUACAACGGUCCGGACAGAGAGGAUCUACUGCAGCCCAGAAGGGUCCCAGUCCCCCACCUCUACCGUGGGGAGGGUCCUGGGCCUGGGACAGGGAGAGCCCAGUAAUAGUGGCUCCAAGGAGGCCUGGAUGGAGAACAGAUACAGAGACGAAGACUUUACCUGCGCCAGGUCCAUCAUGACCAUCAUAAAAGAUGAGAAGGACUCUCUGUCCCUCCAGCAUCAUUCCUCCUCCCUCCACAGCCCCAGCGCCUCUCUGUCCUCCUGCAACCCCAAUGAAUGUGACUCCGGGCUGGACGAGCAGUCCCUGCGUUCCCUGGAUAACUCUAUGCUGGAUACCCUUUCAAAAGACUUCAGCAUGAAUAACGUAUCCGACAGUGGGGCGUCAAACGAGACCAUGUCGGCCUCCUACCUGGGGGAGACGUCUCUGGGGGAGUACUCCUUCCCCUCCACCCCACAGACCACUACACCCGUCAACGGAAAGAUGGAGGGAGGCACUACCAUGUGUCCUGGGGAGCAGAACGAGGGAAGUCAGGGUCUGUGGGAGCAAGAGCUGGAGUACCAUGCAGGUAUGCUGGUGCAGUGUAUCAUCCAGCACGCCCUGAUUAACCAGAACCAGUCUCAGCAGGGUGAGGAGUGGCAAGGGGUCUCCCCCUUCCCCCUCCAAGAGAGGCACGUAGACGUUCUAUCUUCUGGGAACCUUUCAUCACUACCAACAGAGUAUCAGUCACUCACACCUCUAGACCUCCACUCUCCUCCACCUCCCCAGCUCCACUCACCUCCAAGUCCAAUGCAGCAGUCACCAACACCCUUACAGUCCCUCCAGUCAGCCCCACCUCAGUACCAGUCAACUCCAUCACCUCAGCCGCUGUCACCUCCAGCAAAGUUCCAGUCAAGUCCAACCCAAUAUCAGUCUCCUUCACCCCAGCUCCAGCCCCUCCCAACCCAGGUAGAGAGACCUACCUAUGUCCAGGUAGAGAGACCUACCUAUGUCCAGGUAGAGAGACCUACCUAUGUCCAGAUGGAGAGACCUACCUACGCCCCCCUUCCACAGAGAUCUUCCUCCGGGGGGCCUAAGAUCCUCAUCCAGUCCGCACUCAGUCGCUCACUGGCCCUAAACCCAGACCCGGUCCCAGUCCGCACUCCUGUCCUCAUCCCUCCCCGUCCCCUAGAGCCUUAUCAGGCUCCAGAGCUGUCCCGGACCCCGAGUGAAAAGGACCAGUUCAGUUACUUCUCUAAGUACUCCGAGGCGGCCGAGCUACGCAGCACAGCCGCAGCGACCAGAACCCAGGAGACGGAGCAGAACACCGGGCCGUUCAAGCUGCGCUCCCGGAAGCAGAGGACUCUGUCCAUGAUCGAGGAAGAGAUCCGAGCGGCGCAGGAGAGAGAGAAAGAGCUGAAGAAGCAAAGACUGGGAGCGGUGGGGUCAGGACCGGAUCCCAGAACCAACCAGACUGGCAGACCCAAGACGAUGUCUAUCAACCCCGGGGACAAGCACAAGACCAACAGUCUGCCCGCCAAACUCAGCCUCUCUGGGAGCCUGCCACUCACCCUCACCAGCAUGACGGCACCAGGUAAGAUAAAUCAUUCUGCAUCCCCCUCCUCAUCUGAGAAUCCUCCUGCAUCCCCCUCCUCGUCGGAGAAUCCUUCGCCCCUCUUGGACCUGGGCAAUGACGACUCGGGGGGCAGCGGGCGCCCCAAAAACUUCAUGCAGACCCUGAUGGACGACUACGAGACUCACAAAGUGAAGCGCCGGGAGAAAGGAGAGGACAACAGCGUGUUGGAGGCCACCCGUGUCACCCGCAGGAAAAGCAACAUGGCGCUGAGGUGGGAGGCGGGGCUUUACACUAACGAGGACGGAGAGGAGGAGGAGGAAGAGGAGGAAGAGGAGUAGUCGACUACCAGGGAUGGAAGGAGGAGGAGGAAGAGGAGGAAGAGGAGUAGUCGACUACCAGGGAUGGAAGGAGGAGGAGGAAGAGGAGUAGUCGACUACCAGGGAUGGAAGGAGGAGGAGGAGGAGGAGGAAGAGGAGUAGUCGACUACCAGGGAUGGAAGGAGGAGGAGGAGGAGGAGGAAGAGGAGUAGUCGACUACCAGGGAUGGAAGGAGGAGGAGGAAGAGGAGUAGUCGACUACCAGGGAUGGAAGGAGGAGGAGGAAGAGGAGGAAGAGGAGUAGUCGACUACCAGGGAUGGAAGGAGGAGGAGGAAGAGGAGGAAGAGGAGUAGUCGACUACCAGGGAUGGAAGGAGGAGGAGGAAGAGGAGGAAGAGGAGUAGUCGACUACCAGGGAUGGAAGGAGGAGGAGGAAGAGGAGGAAGAGGAGUAGUCGACUACCAGGGAUGGAAGGAGGAGGAGGAAGAGGAGGAAGAGGAGUAGUCGACUACCAGGGAUGGAAGGAGGAGGAGGAAGAGGAGGAGGAGGAAGAGCAGAGACACAACUUCCAAGUAUUUAUUUUUUCUAAAGUAUUCUGAUCACAUGACCCGUCACAUGAUCUACUGGAUGGACCAACCUGGAGCAUCAGCCAGUUCCUGCCAACACUGAAACAGAAAGACCCGUGGGAUACGACUGGUUGCCAAGCGACGGACAAGUAACCGCGACGACGACAACAGUGGGUUCCCGGGCAGGUCAUGUCCAAGGUUCCAUUUUGGAAUGUUUAGAUUUUUCCAGAUUAAAGUUAGUGUAAAGGACUGUGUGAACUAUGCAAAUGAUGACAACAACGAUGAGACUCUUGUGGUAUUGAAGUGGAUAUUAUCGGAGGAUUGAUUUGACACAGAGAUAUUACGCCUGCCAAGUGAUCCUAGUGUCAGGGAGGAUGUCAGACUGAAUUGAAUCACUGGAGAGAAAAUAAACUGCAUUCCCUAUGGCCCCCUAUUCCCUAUGUAGUGCACUAGAUUUAAAAAGAGUAGUGAACUAGAUAGGGAAUAGGGGGCCAUUUUCUGUUGAAGCCCCAGGUUUGGCCUUUCUCCAGGUUACAGUUUCAUCCAACAGAAAACAAUGUUACUGGGACUUGAUCCCUUUAUGGCGACUGCAUGACGAUAUUUAACCUCAUAUAAUACCAGUAUUUAUCUAAAAGCUAAGACAGUGGCGUAUAUAAAUAGAUAUUGCUAUCACUCUUCUUCUUCAGUGAUUUAAAUGAGUUGAUAUUUCUAAAGCAAUAACAAUGGAAGUCAUUUCCUCUUUCCUGACGAUGAUGUCGAUGAUGCCGAUGAUGUCGAUGAUGUCGAUGAUGUACUGUAGCCUUGAACCAUUCAUAUGAGCUCGUCUAAAAGUGUAGAGUGCAUUUGGCUGUAUUUAGACCCCUGGACAACUCCCACAUGUUAUUGCCUUUUUCUAAAAUCGAUAAAAAAAAUGUUUUUCAUCAAUCUCCACACUAUCUACACCCAAUAAUGACAAAGCAAAAAAAUAUAUUUUUUUUAGAUUUCAGCAAAUGUAUAAAAAAAAAAUAAAAAAAUGAACUAUCACAUGUAUAUAAGUAUUCAGACCCUUUACUCAGUACUUUUGUUGACCAUCGGGUUCUUGGUCACCUCCCUGACCAAGGCCCUUCUCCCCACAUGCUCAGUUUGGCCGUGCGGCCAGAUCUAGGAAGAGUCUUGGUGGUUCCAAACUUCUUCCAUGUAAGAAUGAUAGAGGCCACUGUGUUCUUGGGGACCUUCUAUGCUGCAGAAAUGUUUUUGUACCCUUCUCCUGAUCUGUGCCUCGAAACAAUCCUGUCUAGGAGCACUAUGGACAAUUCCUUCCACCACAUGGCUUGGUUUUUGCUCUGAGAUGCCCUGUCAACUGUGGGACCUUAUGUAGACAGGUGUGUGCCUUUCCAAAUCAUGUCCAAUCAAUUGAAUUUAGCACAGGUGGACUUCGAUCAAGUUGUAGAAAAAUCUCAAGGAUGAUCAGUGGAAACAGGAUGUACCUGAGCUCAAUUUCGAGACUCAUAGCAAAGGGUCUGAAUACUUAUGUAAAUAAGAUAUUUCUGUUUUUUUAUAUUUAAAAACAUUUUCAGUAAAAAAAUGAAAAUAAAAUACAGAAAUAUUUAAUUUACAUAAUUAUUCACACACCUGAGUCAAUACUUUGUGGAAGUACAUUUGGCGGUGAUUACAGAUGUGACUCUUUCUGGGUAAGUCUCUAUGCCCAUUAUUAUCUUUUAAAUUCUUCAAGCUCUGUCAAGUUGAUUGUUGCUCAUUGUUCUCCCAGUGUCUCCCCGUGCCUGCUGGAAAGCAGAAUGAAUCAGGUUUUCCUCAAGUAUUUUGCCUGUAGCUAUUUUCAUUUUUUUAUUAAAAAAAAACAAAAAACUCCUUAGUCCUUGCCGAUGACAAGCAUACCCAUAACAUGAUGCAGCCGCCACCAUGCUUGAACAUAUUAAGAGUGGUACUCAGUGAUGUGUUGUGUUGGAUUUGCCCCAAACAUAACGCUUUAUAUUCAGGACAGAGGUUAAUUGCUUUGCCACAUUUUUGUCAGUUUUACUUAAGUGCCUUGUUGCAAACAGGAUGCAUGUUUUGAAAUAUUUUCAUUCUUUUCAUAUACAGACUUCUUUUCACUCUGUCAUUUGGGUUAGUAUUGUUGACCCAUCUUCAGUUUUCUCCAAUCACAGCCAUUAAACUCUGUAACUGUUUUAGAGUCACCAUUGGCCUCAUGUUGAAAUCUCGGAGCGGUUUCCUUCCUCUCCAGCAACUGAGUUAGAAAGGACGCAUGUAUCUUUUUAGUGACUGGGUGUAUUGAUACACCAUCCGAAGCAUAAUUAAUAACUUCAUUUUUUACAUAUCUACCAAUCGGGGCCCUUCUUUGUGAGGCAUUGAAACACCUCAUUGGUCUUUGUGAUUCAAUCUGUGCCUGAAAUUCACUGCUCGAUUAAGGGUCCUUACAGAUAAUUGUAUGUGUGGGGUACAGAGAUGGGGUAGUUCUUAAGAAAUAAUGUUAACCACCUCCUAGUAGAUGGACCCACACAGAACUUUAUAUAUACAGACUAGUUAACCACCUGCCAGUAGAUGGACCCACACAGAACUGUAUAUAUACAGACUAGUUAACCACCUCCCAGUAGAUGGAACACAGAACUUUAUAUAUACAGACUAGUUAACCACCUCCCAAUAGAUGGACCCACACAGAACUUUAUAUAUACAGACUAGUUAACCACCUCCUAGUAGAUGGACCCACACAGAACUUUAUAUAUACAGACUAGUUAACCACCUCCUAGUAGAUGGAAUACAGAACUUUAUAUAUACAGACUAGUUAACCACCUCCUAGUAGAUGGAAUACAGAACUUUAUAUAUACAGACUAGUUAACCACCUCCUAGUAGAUGGACCCACACAGAACUUUAUAUAUACAGACUAGUUAACCAGCUCCUAGUAGAUGGAACACAGAACUUUAUAUAUACAGACUAGUUAACCACCUCCCAAUAGAUGGACCCACACAGAACUUUAUAUAUACAGACUAGUUAACCACCUCCCAGUAGAUGGAUAACAUAACUUUAUAUAUACAGACUAGUUAACCACCUCCCAGUAGAUGGAAUACAGAACUUUAUAUAAACAGACUAGUUAACCACCUCCCAGUAGAUGGAUAACAUAACUUUAUAUAUACAGACUAGUUAACCACCUCCCAGUAGAUGGAAUACAGAACUUUAUAUAUACAGACUAGUUAACCACCUCCUAGUACAUGGAACACAGAACUUUAUAUAUACAGACUAGUUAACCACCUCCUAGUAGAUGGAUAACAUAACUUUAUAUAUACAGACUAGUUAACCACCUCCCAGUAGAUGGAAUACAGAACUUUAUAUAUACAGACUAGUUAACCACCUCCUAGUAGAUGGACCCACACAGAGGUCGCUACUUGGAAUGACAAAGGAGAGUUUAUCUUUCAGGGGGAUGUUGUCAGGGGUUCUCAUAUGAUGGACUUAAGUGUAACUUUAAUUGGUUUACAAGCUAGCUAGAAAAGCCAGUUUGUUUUCAGCUGUUGUUUCAAGUCCUAAGCGUGCAUGUGUGCUGACACAUUUAAUUAAAUCCCCUCAUUAAAAUCAAUGUGUUUAA